AUGCAGCCCCCUCACCUCCUCCUCUUUCUCCCCCUCCUCCUCCCUGGGAUGUGGGCAGACCCAGAGGAGUCACAGGUUUUCCAGCUGCUCCAGACCAGCUUCUUCGCCAAUGUCAGCUCUGCUGAGGUGUCCGGGGUGGCUCUCCUGGGCGAUGUGCCCAUCUUUGCAUUGGAUCCCACCAACUGGAGCAUCCACUUCCACCGGCCCUGGGCCCGCCAGGCCACAGCUGAGGGUGAUGCGGAGAAGAUCAUGUCGCACCUCAAACUCUUUCUACGCAAUAUGAUCCGAUAUGUGCACGAAACAACCCAGCAGGUGCAACUGGACUACCCAUUGGUGGUCCAGAUCCAUGCAGGCUGCGUGCUGCACCCCAACAGGACAAGGUGGGGCUUCAUGGAUGUCGGGGAGGGUGGCAGAGACCUCACAGCUUUUGAGGUGGAAAGGCAGCGCUGGGAGCCCCAGCAGCCAUCCCCACUAGCAGAGUGGGUCAGCAAGUCCCUCACCAGCAAGAAGGCCACCACAGGGCUCCUGGAGCACCUCCUCACCAUCUCCUGCCAGAGCCACAUC